AUGUCCGGCAUGCCGGGGUCGUCUGAUGCCGGAGCCAGCCCGGUUCCUGCCAUUCGAGGUCUGCUUGAGCUUGCAAACGCCGCCGGCAACAUGGGCGGCAUUGUUCCAAACCCAGCCGGUUGGGAUUGGAACGCACAGCCAGACUCCAUUCCACAGGGGUCCAUGGUACAUCCAGGAUACGUCCCGGGAGGUGCCGCACUGCCGCCGGCCUUCAAUGGAAAUAUCCCAACUCCACCCCAGCAGCAGUCCGUGUCCGGUGGCGUGGCCAGCUGUCCGUCUAUGGAGUUGGACGACGGAAUGAGCCCCUCCGAGAGCGUCGAUGAGCUUGUAGACCAGCUGUCCGACAGAGUGGGAACUCUACAUAUCAGACCCGGCGGCCACAUUCGAUUCUACGGAUCUACAUCCAACUUCAACCUCCUGGAGACACCGGCUGCGGACGUAAGCAUGAAUGUCCAUCGCACCAUCCGCAACGACGGGCCUGAGCAUCUAGACCGCCUCGGCCUCAACAAAGAAGUCCCGCCUGAGGUGGAGAACCACCUGAUGGAACUCUACUUCACGUGGCAGGACCCUUCGUUUCACGUCGUCGAUCGUAAGAUGUACGAAGAGGCCAAGGUGACAUGUGUCUGGAGCUUUUAUCUUGGCCAGCCCUUCCGCAUGUCCAUGAAGGGUGUCAGCUUAGACAAGCCUGGCACGAAGAACGGCGCCGAGAUGCCCGGACAAUAUAACCCAAACACAUCUAUACAGCAGUCUCUGUCGCCCAUGACCGAGCACAUAGAUGAUGUCUGCAGAUACCAGGUCCUACUCUUUGAGGCUAUGUCACCUCUAAGGGAUACCUUAUACGGCAGCGAGAUAACCUCAAAGAGCGCUCUUCAAGAGCUUAACCAUCAGACCGUCACAAAGCUCGUAGACUGGAAAGAGAGUCUGCCCACCGAGCUGCGCGUGGAUCUUGGCAACCGGGAGGCUACGUACCUACCCCAUGUCAUUUUGCUCCACAUGCAAUACUACCAGAGUAUCAUCUACGCCCACCGGCCUUGGAUGUCAAACAGACAUAUCCAGCCACAGCCACCCCAAGGUCCGGGCGCCGGCCACGCUAGGAAGAUGUGCAUGGACGCUGCGAGCUCUAUCGCGCAGCUCCUUCGCCUGUACGAGGAGCGCUACACGCUCAGGCGAAUGAACAUCCAGGCCGUCGCGAUCACCUUCUCGGCGGCCCUGCUGCUCGUCUUCGCCACGGUCUCCCGCUACCAGCCGCAGAGGGAAGACGAGAUCCUGGCCGACCUGAGCGCCUGCUUCCGCGCGCUCGACGAGCUCGUGCCGUCGUGGGACACGGCCAGGCGGGCGCGCGACUUCCUCAUCAGGCUGCAGCGGCACUGGGAGCGGCAGGCGCGGUCGAACUCGCUGGCUUCGGGGCGCGAGGAGACCGCCUCGACGAGGUCGGGCUUCUCCGUCGCCAACAACACGAGGAAGCGCCCGCGCGCGUCGAUCCGGCCCAGCGACGAGAGCCCGCCCGUGCGCUUCCGCGCCGAGACGGCGUCGUCGCUGCAGGGGGAGUGCUGGGCAGACGGCGGCAACAGCACGGCCGUUGAUUUCGGCAUGGAUCUGGACUUCGACUGGAUGCUUGCGACGAGCAUGGAGGGCAUGACGGGGAACUGGGGCAACGUGUUUUCGGUGCAGUCGAGCCAUGCCAUGCCCAGCUGA